AUGCGUGAAGAUAUCAUUCCUGUUGGUCGACCACUUUCCAACUCGCGAUGUAUUAUUUACGAUGAGUUCGAACAAACUGUCUUCGUGGGUCAAGAAGGGGAACUUUUCGUGGGAGGUGGAGGACAUUUUGCUGGCUACCUAAAUCGCGAUGAUUUAACAGUAAAAGCACUAGUGAAAAUCAACGGUAAACUUUACUAUCGAACAGGUGAUAUUGUUAGAAUGGAUAGCAAUGGUUUGAUCAAUUAUAUCGGCCGUAAGGAUCAUCAGAUGAAAAUACAUGGGCAACGUAUCGAAGCUGGCGAAAUCGAACGGUGUUUGCUUGAGACGCAUAUCACAGCAUGUGUUGUGGUGAAAUUUGGGGACGAUCAUUUAGUCGCUUAUGUACAAUGCUCAAACAUCGACGAAGAAGUCUUGCGUAAAUAUUGUCGUUCACGGUUGCCGCCAUUUAUGGUUCCUUCGCAUUUCAUUGUGUUAAAUCGAUUACCAUUAAAUGCAAAUGGAAAAGUGGAUCGAAAGCGUCUACCCAUUCCGGACUUUCUUGCGUCGAGUGUAUCAACAACAAGUAAAUUUACUCUCCCUAAAACUGAAAUGGAAGAACGUGUGCAUGAUCUUUGGCGCGAAGUACUAAAGACUGGUGACAAAAGAAUUUCAACGGUUACUGGCUUCUUUAGUGCCGGUGGCCACUCACUACUUUUCAUUAAACUCUAUCAUCAUUACCAGUCAAUAUUUAAUUUUGAUAGUCAUAUGCUCAGCAUUACACCAUUUCUUCAGCAGGCAACUAUCAUUGAACAUGCAAAAUUACUUGAAUCAAUCAAACUAAUGCAUGUGAAGCCCAAAGAGUGGCACUCACUUCAUAUUACCGAAGAUGCCAUCAUCGAGCAACAAAUAUUAAUGUCUGCAGCGAGUAGUUUUUGGCUUGAUUCUCUUCGUGAUUUUAAAAUUGAUCAGUGUUUGCAUUUGCCAUUUGAUCGUCGUCGCCUCUCUGACGAACAUCGAACUGGCCGUGGCAUCUCAGCAUCUUUCAACUUCAACGAAGAUCUCUCAAAAACGUUUCUGUCAAUAGUUUCCAUGUAUAAAACAAAACCAGAAUAUUUGGCCCUAGCCAUCUACUAUGCUUUUCUGUUCAAGUUAACUAAUGGAGAUCGAGACUUAUGCAUUGUAACGAAUGUUCAUGGUCGUUAUAAACCAGAACUCAUGUCAAUUAUUGGCAUGUUUGCGAAUGUAAUACCCUUACGAUGUAAAUUUGAUCCUCAUUGGUCUUUCACUCAACUUCUAGAAGAGGUUCAACAGAUGGCUAGUGAUAGUUUAGAACAUUCCUAUUUUCCUCUACAACGUAUUCUUGCCCAACAUUCACAAACAUCGAAGCCGGCUUUUCUUGAUACAUCUUUUCAAUUCGAUUCAAAUACAGUGCAGAACAUAUUUACAAACGUGAACAUUGGUGAUGCUUGUCUCUGUUUUGCACCGCAUUCAUUCAAAAUUGGAACAGAUGAAAUCGCAAGCAAGUUAUUGGUAUCGUGUCAGUCGAAAUGA